AUGUCCUCAACCAAUACCGAAGAACGUACCCGCAAACUAUGGCAAGACAAGCAGCGCCAGGAGCACGCGAAGAUGCGUCUCUGCGACGACCUUCAGCGCGAGGCCGUGACGUACAACAACAAAGCUCUCCACUAUCGGCAAGAGCGAGACUUCUUCCAAUCAGUUCGAAAUGGCGUCCGUAGGCAGGAGGCCCAACUUUCGCUUGAACAAUGGUCAGCGCAUGCGGUCGGCAAACACUACGACCUAGAAAAGCAGAUCAAAAAGCUCGUCGUCAUCACCGCUGCCCGCAAGAAGCUUCAAGAACAGCUCGGAAAUCGAUACCUGCUGCUCAAUCACGAGCUAGAUUCGACGACUAGCGUUCGACACUACAUGGACGAGAACAUGGGCGGAUCUUCGCUGUUCGCGGACGAGGAGUGGCGGUCGUAG